AUGAUCCUCCCUAAGCGCCAACAUGGCUUGGCAGUGAUGCAUGCCAAAGAGUUUUGUCAUUGUCAACAACUGCUGCCCCUCCAACACAGUCAUUUUCUGUCUAUUCUCUGCACAGCGCCACUGUCCAAACCUACCAUUCUCACCUCCAACAAUACUGCAGUGGAGACCAAAGACUUCUCAUUGACCUGCAAUGCUACAGGUCAAAUUCACGCUUACAAGUGGUUCAUAAACGGAGUUGCCCCAGCUGGUCUCAGGAUACAGCUGUCGCCAGAUAGGAGGACACUCACUCUCAGCAGUCUCACAAGAAGCGUUAACAAAGGGCCCUAUGUGUGUGAAAUCGAGAACCCAUUUUAUCGCAAUAGGAGUGAUCCAUUCACACUGGAUGUUGCCCUUGGUGAUGGCCCAGAUAUCGCCACAAUUGUACAUUCCCCCAAUGAGUACCCUCCUGGGGCAAAUAUUACCUUGAGCUGUGUUGCUGAUUCUAACCCUGCAGCACAAUUCUCUUGGUUACACAAUGGACAACCAGUCAGCAACUCAGCCACAUUUUCUAUUAUUGCAUCCCUGAGUGAUGCUGGCACUUAUACCUGUACUGCAUCUAACUCAUUCACUGGUUUGACGCGUACUGCAACCAAGAAUAUUAUAAUCUAUGGUGAGUAUCUGGAUUGGGCCCCCAACUUUGUUAAUGUUCAGCUUCAGGAUGAUUAUUUACUGUAG